GGCCAAUUCCCACUCCCCCACCCCUCCACCCCCCUCUCGUCUCGACUCCUCACGAUCCAGUAACCCAGAAGGAAAUUCGUUUUUAUUUUCGACUUUGAAUUCUAAAUAAAACUAGGCUUCUAUUUGUUAUCGUGUAUAUAUAUAAUUAAGAUCGGCGACGAUGCGUAUGAUUUCCUGAUUUUGGGAUUUCCAGAUCGAAACAGUUCCGUCCAAUCCUAAAUCGCUGAUAAAAAAAGAAUAGGCGGGGAAUUGCUGGACAAAAAAUGUCUGAGUACCAAGGGGAUGAUACUGAAUACAUGGCGGAUGAGUAUGAAAUGGAAGAUGUAGAUGAUGAUAUGGAUGAUGAGUUUCGCGGUAGAGAAAUGGGUGGCUCAGAGUCCGAUGUCGAUGAAUAUGACCUCUCGAAUAGUAAAGUGGUUGAUACCACUGCCGCACAAGCAAGAAGUGGAAAAGACAUCCAGGGGAUCCCUUGGGAUAGACUUAGCAUCACUAGGGAGAAAUACCGGCAAACUAGGCUUGAACAGUACAAGAACUAUGAAAACAUCCCUCAUUCUGGAGAGGGAUCAGGGAAGGAUUGCAAAGUUACCAAGAAAGGGGGUUCAUAUUAUGAGUUCAGAAGGAAUUCAAGAUCUGUGAAAUCAACCAUUCUUCAUUUUCAGUUGAGGAACUUGGUUUGGGCUACCUCAAAGCAUGAUGUGUACCUUAUGUCUCAUUUUUCUGUUAUCCAUUGGUCUUCCUUAACUUGCAGUAAUUCUGAAGUUCUCAAUGUCUCAGGGCAUGUUGCACCAUCAGAGAAGCAUCCUGGAAGCCUGUUGGAGGGAUUUAGUCAGACUCAAGUGAGUACUCUUGCUGUAAAAGAUAAGUUGCUUGUUGCUGGAGGGUUCCAAGGAGAACUUAUUUGCAAGCAUCUAGAUCGACCUGGAGUUAGUUUUUGUUCCAGAACAACUUAUGAUGAUAAUGCCAUUACGAAUGCAGUUGAGAUCUAUGCCAGUUCCAGCGGUGCAAUUCACUUCACUGCUUCAAAUAAUGACUGUGGAGUUAGAGACUUUGAUAUGGAGAAAUUUCAGCUUUCUAAACACUUCCGUUUUCCUUGGCCAGUGAAUCAUACUUCUCUGAGUCCUGAUGGUAAACUUCUUAUAAUUGUGGGAGACAACCCAGACGGGACGAUGGUGGACUCCCAAACUGGAAAGGAAGUAAAGCCAUUAUGUGGUCACUUGGAUUUCUCAUUUGCUUCAGCGUGGCACCCAAAUGGUGUCACUUUUGCUACUGGAAACCAGGACAAAACCUGCCGGGUUUGGGAUGUCCGAAAUCUAUCCAAGUCAGUUGCUAUUUUGAAAGGAAACCUUGGAGCCAUUCGUUCAAUCCGCUAUACUUCUGAUGGUCGGUUUAUGGCAAUAGCCGAGCCUGCUGACUUUGUGCAUGUGUAUGAUGUGAAAAGUGGGUAUGAGAAGGAGCAGGAGAUUGAUUUCUUUGGUGAGGUCUCUGGCAUAUCAUUCAGUCCGGACACAGAGUCUCUUUUUAUUGGAGUGUGGGAUCGUACUUAUGGUAGCCUCCUUGAGUAUGGUCGAUGCCGAAAUUUCGCAUACCUCGAUUCUCUAAUUUGAGUUGGACAAGAAACCUGAAAGUGUGUUGGUGUUGCUGAUUAGUUGCCUCAAUUGAAACUACUAGUACCAUAUCAUGUAGUUGGUUAGGGUGUAGUUGUACAUUUGAUAAGUUGUGCAAUUGUAGCUAGUUUUUGUUUUUAAUAUUUUCUUGUGACUGGAUUGGUCACAAAAGUGUGUCAAAGGGAGGGGAUGUACAGAUAACAGAGGGCUAGAGAAGGCAAUGCUUGUGCCAACAAGGGAAAAGAAAGAAUCGGUAUGUCUUGGGGGUGGAUGGCUGGUUGCUAUCCUUCUUGUAUCGUGGAUGUUUUUUUUUUUUUUUCCCUAACAUUUCUGGGAGGCUGUCCUGUGGAACUUACCAAUGAUCAUCACGGGUGUUUUCUGUCA